UUAGUUUGAUAAGGAUUACAACAUCUGCAAUAAAAUAUAUAUCUCGAGAAAUUUACUUUAGACUUUGAAGAUUCAAUUUCAUAAUUCAGUCCUGGCUUUUGGCAUUUCUUCUCAUUAUUAAUGGAAUGGAAUUAAGAAUAAAAAAAAUUGGUGGGAAUUUGGUGACUACAUCUGACCUAGAUUAAAAAAAAUUAAAUACAUUUAAAGGCACUUCCAUUGCCUCAACGGAGUUCUCAACAUAUAGCUAGCUUGCAGCCUCGGGGCACUCUUGUUUGUUUGAUGCUACAUGCUACAAAUCUAUUCUCGUAAUACAGAACCUAUGCCGAAGAGCAAUAGAACAAUAGUAGAACUAAGAUAAAACUAAAAUUUUGCGAUGAACAAAAAGUAACCAUGCAAAAUUUUAAGUGAUAAUGCUGAGGAAAAAUACUGAAAUGAACGUGUAAGCAUAGUAAAGUGCGAGAAGUAGGUCAAAAUAAACUGGCAUUCGCAAUAUGAAAGAAAUAGUGAGUGCAAAAAUAUAGAUCUUUCUAGUAUUGUAUGAAACGCUUUGCAGGGAGAGUGUUGGCCCCCUCCUUCUCCUCCUCUCUCCCUCCAAUCAUUGCGUGUGAGGAUGACGCGCAUCCCCCUUUUUUCUCAGUCCACCCCCCUGCCCUCCCUCUUCCUCCCCCUUCUGUCCUUCCUCCUUAUGCAUCCUUCCCAGUCCCCCACCCCUCCACCCCACCUCCGCACACCCAUCCGGACACACACUACUUCCUCCUGCUGAAAAACCAUGUGAAUGGAGCACACACAGCCGUGCACAUAGGCUGACAUUUACAGUAUGUCAGCGUACAACAAAACAUACAAUUAACAGACACACGCGUACACAAGAGUGUGCCAUGUGUAAAUCAAACACACCGUAUCAGACUUGAUAAUUAAUUGUGUCACAGUCAUCUAAAUUUAAAACAAAUAUCCUUUAGUGAAUUAUUUUUAGUGAGAAAUCCAGAUUUGACAAUAGCCUGUUUGAAAUGCUUAACAGUGCAGACUAUUAUUUGGGUUAGAAAUUGAUUACAUUUAAUUAUUAGGAUCCAUCCAAAACUAGGCUUUUUUACAUUUGUAUAACCCUUUGAGGGACCACGGACCUCCGACUGCUCUGUAAGGCCCAGGUCGCUGUAAGUUCACAGAAAAGCUUGACUUUUUAUUUCAGCACCAUGAUCAGCGCACUGAACAGCAGCAGAGGGGAAAGCAGGAAAUUAUACUGAGAGCAGCGGUGCAGCUGCAUGUCUGGAGCCUACAGGAGCACGAUGGUAGGACAGACCCUUCGUCGUCAUCAUCAUCAUCAUUGUCAUCGUUAUCCAUGUCUCAUAAGAAACCGACAAACGAUUCCCUGAUAAUUUCUGCGGGCACACAACAAUCCACAAAUGCUUGACUUGUUCAACAGCUUUUACCUGAGUUUUUAUUUAGGGCAGCCGUGUUCAGGGAGAGUGACAAACACUUCAAACUUGAAACUGCAGGUUUCUUAUUUUUAGGUUUGACGACCUGGGCAGUUAUUCAAAUUUCAACAAAAAUGGGAACAAUCACAAUUUUAGCAUUCCUAAGUAAAAAUAAACCCUAGGCCUAUAUUUAAUGCACAUUUCACAUGGGGAAGAGAAGAAAUAUUUUACCUCAAAAAUAAAUAUUUAACUUGAGCUCAUUUGUCUUAUCUCAGCAUAAUACAACUUGAACGUAGCAUGCUGCAUGUCAGGGUAAACUAUUAUUGCACUAGUGUUCCGGUGUAGGUGUUUUUAUUGUGAAGGAGUAGAUGGAAGGAGAGGAAGUAGAGGACGUGUUCAACGGAGGUGCUACAGCUGGCUUGGUGCGGAAUAGUAUAGGCUAGUAUAGUAUAUAGUAAAUGUAUAGGCGCACCGUAAACCCUCGGCUACAUCAGUUUGUAUUUUAUUUUGAAAGUGUAAUUUGUGCGAUCCCGGAAGCUCUUUCUUAUCUUAACCCGGGCGUAUUUACGUGGGACUAAAAUAGCAAGCGAAUAUCGCUCGUCAAUCCUCAGGGUAAGAAGGUGCACGAGAAAUUUCACUAAGCGAUUGUUUGGGUCUUAUGUUGAAUUUUACACGUCAAAUUAACGUCUUAUUAGGUGACGUCCGCAGUCACGUGUCGGGUUCUCGCUAAGCCACGUUUGCCCCAGAAACAAACAGUAAAAGGUUAAAUUACUCGAUUUACGUCGCCGCGCGGUUCAAACAAGGAAAGUAAAAUGAGGAAUGUCGUUUUUUGAUGAGAGGGAAGUUUGACAUUGGUGCCAUCUGAUAAUAAAGAGGUGAUAUUAAAAAGUAUAUGUGACGUAGCCACGCGGUUACAAGCAUAUGGUUACAAGGGAAAUCAUGGACCUGUUAACUAGGGAUGUGAAGAAAAAGUGUGGAAUAUUACUUUUAUACAGAAAUAUUGAGGAUUGAAAGUGUAACAUGGGACAAGAUAGAGGAAAUAAGAGAUUCAUUUACUUAUUGUAGCCGUUUUGACAAAAACAAGGACAUUUUAUUUGAAUUUACCUCGUGAUGUUGUGAUCAUUCCCAUUUGUAAUGACAUCAUUUCAAGCCUUUGCAGCCUCGCACACUUAUCCGUGCACAGGGAGAUGAGGUUCCGGCCUUAUGGGGGGGAUACUAAUUAGGAAGGAAAUGACCAGUAAGAAUCUAAGAUGAUGAGAUCUGUUCCAUUCCUCUAAGUGCCAAGGAAAGGUGCUUCAACGCUUCCUUUAUUAGCCCAAUUAGCAUAAAAAACACUGAACAUUUUUGUGUGAAAGGAAAGUAGAUAAUCCCGCCCCACAAUGCCUUGCUGCAGUGUCUGACAGUCCAGAGCAGUCAUUAGACACGAUGCUCCUCAUAAACCCAAACAACUGGACUCCCCAGGUGAUUGACAUGUUUCCGGUUGUGGUGGUCCACGGAGGGGCAGGUCACAUCCCAGAGGAUCGGUCGGAGAAGUCCAUGUCGGGGGUGUGCUCGGCAACCCGAGCGGGGUACGCUGUCCUCUGCGGGGGAGGCAGCAGCAUGGACGCUGUGGUGGAGGUUGUGAGCCAGCUGGAAAACAGCCCCUUCUUCAACGCAGGUUGCGGGUCGGUGCUGAAUGUCAGGGGGGAGGUGGAGAUGGACGCCAUGGUGAUGGACGGGAAAACCCUGGGCAGCGGCGCCGUGUCUGCUGUACGCAACAUAGCCAACCCCAUCCAGCUAGCAAGGCUGGUUAUGGACAAGACGAGUCACGCGUGUCUGACGGCGGAGGGGGCCAAAAAGUUUGCUCUGUCCGAGGGGGUGCCCGAGGUGCCCCACGAGUCCCUCGUCACCGAGUACUCCCGCAUGCGCUGGACAAAGAACCUGGCACCCGGCUCCAACCCCGUGGAGUACCAAAUGGGGAAGAUGGGCACCGUCGGAGCCGUGGCUGUCGACGCCGAGGGUAACAUGGCCUGUGCGACCUCCACCGGCGGGAUGCUCAACAAGAUGGAGGGACGGGUGGGCGACACGGCCUGCGUAGGAAGUGGAGGCUACGCUGACAACCUGAUGGGAGCCGUGUCGACCACAGGCCACGGAGAAGCCAUCAUGAAGGUCACUCUAGCCAGACUUGUCUUGUUCCACAUGGAGCAAGGUCAGUCGGUGGAGGCUGCCAGUGAUUUAGCUCUGGCCUACAUGGGGUCCAGGGUAGGUGGGAUGGGAGGGGUGGUGACCGUGGACCCCCAGGGCCACUGGGCGGCUCGCUUCUCCAGCCGGCAGAUGGUCUGGGCUGCAGCGCAGAAGGACACCCUGCACUACGGCCUGUACACCGGGGAGCACUUCACCCAGAGCCUCGGGGCCCCCCUCUGAAAAGAGCUACGUACCCCUGUGUUCCUAUAAAUCAACCAAUCAGGCCUAUUAGUGCUUCGGCUAAACAAUCAUCUUAGUGUUGUUUUUUAUAAUAAGGGAGUUAUUAGUGAUUAUGUGAGGGACCUUAAUGAAGAAACAUACAGCCAGGCUCCACCGAUUGUCACACCCCGGCAGAAAACAGGACACAGGCGCAGUGACUUUUCAGGCGUGAGGUAGUCUUUAUUGGUAAGACUGUAGUCCUUCAAGGGAGAGUAAUAAAUACGGGCUAUGAACUUUAUCUAGGACACACUCCUUCCAAUAAAUAGUUAAGGAAGAAGUGUGGCUAUAAAAAUGAUCAAACAAAAAGGUCACUCCACUCUAGGAGGAAAACAAAAAGGCUUUUAC